UCCUCAUCAAUAACUCACCUCGCCGAUAAACCUCGCCGAUAAUCAUCUGUUGUUACGAACAAAGCAUAGCCACGCUGAUGCCAGCCUUCAGAUAAUGUCAGAUAAGGCAUUGUGUUGCAUCGCUACCACCGAUGACUGAGUCGAUGGAGACCGCAGCGGCGUGGGUCGACGGCGAGGGAUCGCACUCCGAUUGCGUUUUGACAAGGUCCUGUCGUUCAUACCGAUCUUUCGAAAGUAAGGGCAGUAUGAGCUUCGUCAAUCUGUGAAUUCCAUUGAGCGUCUCAGCCGCCCAAAUUGUACAUGCCAGGGCGCCGACUACGCAUUACAGUGAGCAUAUUUCCAAUAUCUCGUUAUCCUCAAGCAUCAUCUUUGAUCCCACGGUGAAUUUACCCGCUUGUCUUAAUCUACUCCAAGCCUGUCCAAUGCCAAAUGACCAGCACAAAGCUUCUCAGCUGCAAGUUGUGGCUGUAUCGCGGUCGCAACCGGCAUAUCAUGACAUACAUGGCCACAAGACCUUGACCGCAAUUGUUCGCUCACCCUCCACUGAGCCCUUGAGUCUUGAGCCCAACAAUGGUAUUGUAGGUCAUAGAUCUGCUGUUCAUGAUGCACAAGUAUACGCUUUAUUUUCCGAUCAUUACGACUACUGGACAUCUCGGCUCGGCAUAGCUCGCGAUGCGUGGGAUUGGGCGCAUUGGGGGGAGAAUUUAACCAUAAAAGCUCCCCCUGGAGUUAACGAGCAUGAUGUCAUGCUUGGGGACAUCUGGGACUUCGAGGACACGCUCGCCGGGCAAGGAGUACAGCUCGAGGUUUGUGGUGGGCGGAAUCCAUGUAGCCGCUUAGCUUGGAGGUUGGGACAGAAAGGCGCGUGGCUUGCAGAGCUCGCUGCGUCAGGCCUCUGUGGGGUCUAUCUGAAAGUCAUACGAGGAGGGACUAUUGGUCCUGGCAGUUCGGGACGUAUCGUUCGACCUCAGCGCCAGUUGCGACAGCUGAUUCCGGUUGCGAUGAUAGCACAGACGAUCUUCAGCUCGAAUGCGGACCAAACAACGAAACAUCGUGCAAAACGCAUCCUUAGUGCCCCGGUACUACAGAACAUGAAUAGGCAAAUCCUGGAGAGGAAACUGAGCAUGAUCGAAGACGAAGAGAUGAAAGGAAAGGGCUCGUGGCAGGGAUGGCGAGACUUACGGAUAUCAUCAGUCACUGAAGAAUCGUCAGAUGUUAAGUCGUUCUACAUUGAAGCCACAGAUAACUUGGACUUGGCAAACUUCUUUCCGGGUCAGUUCCUUACCGUCAAAUUACCCACUGGCGAUAUCCGGUCAUGGUCACUAUCGGACUGGACUGACCCGUCCAUGCCACCGACGCACUACCGACUCAGCAUCAAACGACAAGCCAUGGCUUCUCUAUGGAUGCAUGAGCAUGCUGUGCCAGGCGUCAUCCUCAGUGCGCUUUCACCACGCGGUAAAUUCAUGCUAGAUUGGAAACCCCAAUUCCCUCCUCGGCAACUGUACAUAUCCAAUGGCAUUGGAAUUACUCCUCUUCUAGCUAUGCUCAAAGCGCAUUCCCUCCAUAAGACGCUUCUUAGGACGCCUGCAGUGUUCGUCCAUGUUGCUCGUGACGGCUCUACCGACGGUCAUCUUUUCCAGCGUGAGCUCCCUUCGUUUCCGAACCUGCGAGUCAUUCGCUUUUUCACCAGGCCUCGUCCAGAGAUAGACGUUCUUGGUCGCGACUAUGAUUUCGGUGGUCGACCUGGUCGAGUCUUCUACGAAGACUUGUUGAGGAAUUCGUACAUGAUCAACCCUCUGAAUAUCACCCCAAUCGAGCUGGCAGGAUGUAUCUCUGUGGCUUAUAUUUGUGGCUCAAAUGCCUUCGCGUCAGCGACUCGCGACCAUUUGCUUGCCUGCAAAAUGAAUGAAUCAUCUAUCCAUUCCGAAUCAUUUGCCAGAGAUACCUCAGCGAAAGCCCAGCUCGACACUACGGAAGAGCUGCCAGAACAAUCUCAGAUUGUGCUGAAACGCGCGAGGCGCACAAUCACGUGGAAGAGAAGCUCUAAAAUAUCGCUACUCCAGCUAUUGGAAAAGGAAAAUCUUGAACCGGACUAUGGAUGUAGGGAGGGCACCUGCGGAGCCUGUGAGAUCCAAAUGCUCCAAGGACAAGUAGUGAGUAGUAUAGGCGACGGAUAUAAGGAAGGGAGCAGAAUCAAGGCAUGUUGUACCAUGCCACGAUCAGUACUUGUAGAGCUAGAUUUUUAGAUAUAAAUAAAUGGUAUGGACUGUGUAUCAAUAUGGUAGAUGAUCCGGUUGGAGUGAAUAACAGUUGUAGACUGAUUUAUGUUCUUUGCCUAUGGUUCGAAAGAGAC